GCGCGGAGCAGCCAGACUCCGCUUUCCGGGAGGAGCRGCGGCCUCAUUUCCCUUGGAAAAGACGCCGGUCCCGCUUCCCUAGGAAAAAGGCCGGACCCGCUUCCCGCUUUUCUGGCAGAGCAGCCGGAUCCGCUUCCCUCGCCCUCGGCACCCGCCGCUGCUGAGGGAGCCCGCGCGCAGUCUCGGCCGGCCCCGCUGAGGCGAGCGGCGCUCCCGUCCCCUCUCCGCUCUCUCGCUCCAGGGGUUCAUCCCCCCCUCCCUUCGCCGCCAAGAUGCCGCGGAUUAUGAUUAAAGGCGGCGUGUGGCGGAACACCGAGGAUGAAAUUCUGAAAGCAGCUGUUAUGAAAUAUGGCAAAAACCAGUGGUCUCGUAUUGCCUCGUUAUUGCAUAGGAAAUCAGCAAAGCAGUGCAAAGCCAGAUGGUACGAAUGGCUGGACCCGAGCAUCAAAAAGACCGAGUGGUCACGGGAGGAGGAGGAGAAACUSUUGCACCUGGCCAAACUGAUGCCAACCCAGUGGAGAACCAUUGCCCCCAUCAUUGGGAGAACUGCUGCACAGUGCUUGGAACACUAUGAGUUUCUGCUGGACAAGGCUGCUCAGAGGGACAAUGAGGAAGAAACUGCUGAUGAUCCUCGGAAAUUGAAACCUGGAGAAAUCGAUCCAAAUCCAGAAACGAAACCUGCCAGGCCAGAUCCCAUUGACAUGGAUGAAGAUGAGCUUGAAAUGCUGUCUGAGGCUCGAGCACGUCUGGCGAAUACACAGGGAAAGAAGGCCAAGAGGAAAGCCAGGGAGAAGCAGCUGGAAGAAGCUCGGCGUCUUGCUGCACUUCAGAAAAGACGAGAACUUCGCGCUGCUGGAAUUGAGAUCCAAAAGAAAAGAAAAAAGAAGAGAGGUGUGGAUUACAAUGCAGAAAUUCCAUUUGAAAAGAAGCCUGCCCCUGGUUUUUAUGAUACAUCAGAAGAAAACUACCAGUCCCUGGAUGCAGAUUUCAGGAGACUACGUCAGCAAGACCUGGAUGGAGAAUUGAGAUCUGAGAGGGAGGGAAGAGAGCGCAAAAAGGACAAGCAACAUAUGAAACGGAAAAAAGAGUCAGAUUUGCCCUCAGCAAUUCUGCAGACCAGUGGAGUGUCAGAAUUUACCAAAAAAAGGAGUAAACUGGUGCUUCCAGCACCUCAGAUAUCUGAUACAGAACUUGAAGAAGUUGUGAAAGUUGGCCAGGCAAGUGAGAUUGCACGGCAGACUGCUGAGGAAUCUGGAAUCACAAACUCAGCUUCCAGCACUCUUCUCUCUGAGUAUAAUGUAACCAACAACAGCAUAGCACUAAGGACUCCCAAAACUCCAGCAGCCCAAGACAGGAUAUUGCAGGAGGCCCAGAAUCUGAUGGCUCUCACGAAUGUGGAUACCCCCCUGAAAGGAGGUCUUAAUACUCCCUUGCAUGAAAGUGACUUUUCGGGGGUAACACCGCAGAAACAGGUUGUUCAGACUCCAAAUACUGUGCUUUCCACGCCUUUCAGAACACCCUCUCAGGGAUCAGAGGGCUUAACUCCUCGAGGAGGCCUGACUCCCAAACCUGCACUCGGCACAACUCCUGGGAGAACUCCACUGCGGGAUAAACUGAACAUCAACCCAGAAGAGGGAAUGGCAGAUUACAGUGACCCAUCCUAYGCAAAACAAAUGGAGAGGGAAUCUCGGGAGCACCUGCGCCUGGGGCUCAUGGCCCUCCCUGCUCCCAAGAACGACUUUGAAAUUGUUCUACCUGAAAAUGCAGAAAAGGAACUYGAAGAACAUGAAGUAGAUGAAACCUUUGUAGAAGAUGCUGCUGAUAUAGAAGCUCGCAAGCAGGCUCUCCGAGAAGCAGAGCGUGCCAAGGAACUGAAGAGAAUGCACAAAGCUGUGCAGAAGAAUCUACCAMGGCCCUCAGAAGUUAAUGAAACAAUACUGAGACCGUUAAAUGUGGAGCCUCCUCUAACAGACUUGCAGAAAAGUGAAGAACUCAUAAAGAAAGAGAUGAUCACUAUGCUUCAUUUUGAUCUUUUACACCAUCCAUUUGGAGAACAGUUCAGUGGUAAGAAAGGGAAAGGCCCAGGGUUUGGAAGCAACAAUGCAGAGCACAUGGCUUACUUGGAACAAAAUCCUUAUGAAAAGUUCUCCAARGAAGAUCUCAAGAAGGCACAGGAUCUGCUGGCACAAGAGAUGGAGGUGGUAAAGCAAGGAAUGGGGCAUGGAGAGCUGUCAAGUGAAGCUUAUAACCAGGUGUGGGAAGAAUGUUACAGCCAAGUGUUGUACUUGCCUGGACAAAGCCGCUACACAAGGGCUAACUUGGCCAGCAAAAAGGACAGGAUAGAGUCACUUGAAAAGAGACUCGAGAUCAACAGAGGCCACAUGACCACUGAAGCAAAGAGGGCUGCCAAGAUGGAGAAGAAGCUGAAGAUCCUGCUUGGUGGUUACCAAUCUCGAGCAAUGGGGCUCAUCAAGCAGCUGAAUGAUUUGUGGGACCAGAUUGAACAGGCCCACCUGGAGCUGCGAACCUUUGAGGAGCUGAAGAAACACGAGGAUGCUGCUAUCCCUCGGAGACUGGAGUGUCUGAAGGAAGAUGUGCAGCGACAGCAGGAGAGAGAAAAGGAGCUCCAGCAGAGAUUUGCUGACUUCAUGUUGGAUAAAGAGACUUUCCAAGCAAAGUAUUAAAGCACAAAAUUCCAUCUGUCACUGAUGUAACAUUUUUAAAGUGUGCAGAUACUUCUCCAGCAGCUUUUGCCAGCAGUUGCAGAAAUCAAGUGUAGUCUGCUGUUUUCAUCUUGUCAAGUUUUGUUCCUUCAGUGAACUAUUCCAAAUGCUCUAGGUAUGAAUUGCUCUGGCCAGUGUUAAAAAUGGGAUUGAAAUGUCCAAAAUUUUAUUGAAAGAAAAAAUCACUCUUGUAUKAUUUUAGCCAUGUCUCCAUUUGCUAGGGUUAUCACAUUAUUCCUAGUGUUUUAUCAGUCUUAAGACCUGUAAGAUACAUACCUGCAGAAUAAUGUCUUUUAAAUAAACCUGGAAUGUUACAAAAGUCAAGUAAUAAUGUCUGUCUUUUAGCUAAAAUUGAAUCUUCACGUAUCCCAGCCCUCCUUUGUGUUUCUGGUAAAUUGUCUGUCUUCCUUUCUCCCUGCUGCUGCCUUUAUUUUCCAUGAUCAAUUUGGAAUUACCUGUGUGGGAUUGUUGUCUAGGUGAUAAACAGCAUGUUCCCAGCUCUUCUCUGUGCAUGUGAAUAAACACACCCAGUUUAUCAAGGUGCUCUAAUGGUCAUACUGGCAUAAUCUCCCCAUCCUGGAACAGGGUAGGGGUAAAUUUUACAAAGACACCCCUCAUGGACUAAUGGAACCAUAGAUUUCAGCAGAAAAAUGUACUGUUAGAUUUUCUGAGUGUAAAUUUUUAUAAAUCAUCUGCUUUGUUGCCCACGGUGUGGGAAGGGAAAGAAGCCCUGUAUUUGCCCCUCCUCUCAUUUCACCACAUCUCAACAAGAUUUAAUUGUCUCACUGCUUGUCAUGAAGGGUAAGGAAGGAAUUAGGGAAAGGAGGGAAUGCACUAUUUCCUAUUCUUUAAAAGUUUCCUAAAUUCUAUCCAAAAUCUUCAUCUGCAUAUUGUUUAAUUAUGCUACACUUAACACCAUAGAUUCGUUUGGGUUGGAAAGGACCUUACAGAACAUCUUGUUCCACCCCCUGCCAUGGACAGGGACACUUUCCACUAUCCCAGAUUGCUCCAAGCCCCAUCCAACCUGGCCUUGGACACUUCCACGGAUGGAGCAGCCACAGCUUCUCUGGGCAACCUGAGCCAUGGCCUCCCCACCCUCACAGUGAAGAGUUACUCCCCAACAUUAAACCUAAACCUGUUCUCAGUCUGAAGCCAUUCCCCCUUGUCCUGCCACUCCAGUUCCUUGCAGAUGAUUUCUGUCUUGCUUCCCUGCAGGCCCCCUUUGGAUGUUAYAGGUYACUGUGGGGUCUCCACAAAARCUUCUCCAGGCUGAGCAGCUCCAGRUCUCCCAGUCUGUCCCCACAGGGGAGGUGCUCCUGUCCCUGGAGCAACUUUGUGGCUGCCUCUGGACCUGCUCCAAAUUUCUAUGUCCUUUGAUUGGCCCCCAGGGCUGGAGGCAGCUCUGCAGGUGGGGGUCUCACCAACCAACUCAUGUUGUGUUUUUAUCAGCACUUAGGUUACAUGUUACUACUUAAAAUUUUGUCAGUUAUUCCCAGUGCUUUCAAUAAAAGCGUUU